AUCCAGGCCGGUUUCUAGAGCAGUAGUUAAAUGAGCAUCUGCCCGUCGACCCUGUGACAGGCUCUCAAGUGGGUGCCACAGAGCACGGAAUUUAUUAGACAUGGCGCUUAUAGCUCAGUUGCCUGGGGAGGUGUAACAUGGGUUCACCAAGUAGGGGGUACAAACAUGCGGAUAUAUAGCACCGUAGUCUGCCCACGGGUCUAGAUCGAUACCCCGAGUCUCUUCCUGAGUUUCCGAUCCUCUCUCGCCUUUCCAUCCCCUCCAGCAUGCGAUCCGUCUCUUUCCUCAUCGUGCUGCUCCUCGCUCGACUUUCCAGCGCCCAGUAUGAAGGCGUCCUUGACGUGAACGAUCCAAGCUGUCCUCGGCGCCAUGGCCCUCAUCUACACUUCGAGUGGACUUUCGACCGAACGCAAGGCCGGCAUAAUUGCUUUGAAAUUGAACUCCCUCAGAAUCACUACUUCUUGUCCAUGAAAGCCCGUCGCGAAGGCCCUAUCCUCGGAGCGCCCGAUAUGUUUGGGAUAUGCGAGAAAAACUGCAAGAAUUGCACGCAACUGUGGAAGGUCGCAGCGGAUGAGACGUCGGAUAAUGUUCAUGUGCCAUGUACGGAGACUUCAGGGACGAAAUAUAUCUACAUUGGACGUUGAAAUUGGGCUAAGGUCACGGUGAUGGAGGUGAGGGUGUGAUAUAUAUUUCGGACUGGGAGAAUAGGGCGAGGGAGGUGCCGGGGAAGGGGAGAAAAUUGAUGGUUGACAGCUGCAUGUAAAAUAUACUGGGGAUAAUCCUAUAAUAAGAAAGCAAAAUACUCCGGUCCAUCGAGUAUCAAACCUCGGUUCGCUGCGAUCCCCAAGCUCAGCUCAGCUCACGAGGGAAAGUGGAAGAACAGAAAGAGGAAAAGCAAGACGACCGCCGCGGCGACCGCCUACUGCAAGGGCGGCUUUGUCGGGCAGAGCCAAU